AUGUUGGAAAGUUCAUCUGUAUGCAUUGGAUUGAAAUGUUCGUGGAACGGAAUAUCUAAACAAGGAACGAAUAAAACUAAUUGUGAUCAAUCAAAGUUAGAAGAAGAAUCUAUUCUUCUAUCCGGACCAUAUGGUGAUGAUGUGGCUUUUGUCAAACAAUCCGACGAUCAUAUCCUUAUCGGUUUAGCAGAUGGAGUAAGCGGAAAUCGUCACCAUGGUCUUGAUCCAUAUAAAUUUGCUCAUACAUUAAUAAGCUCAUGUGCUGACGAAACCGAACGAAUUGUUGGCUCGUCAUCGAUGCGUGGUCUCGUUCAUCGUGCUAUACGUUGUGUUGAAAAACGUUCGAUAUUCGGUAGUGCUACAUUGUGCUUAUUAUCCAUUGAUAAACGCUGUUCACACCUCCGUUCACUCAAUAUUGGUGAUAGUGGUUUCAUGUUAAUUAGACAAAAUAAACUAAUUAUUCGUUCACAUCCACAGUAUCAUCGUGGUUCGUCACCUUUUCAAUUAUCAUCGUUCCCGACGACACAGAUUUUCUCAUCAAACACGACAAGACUUUAUCAUGAUAAGCCAAGUGACGGAGAAUAUGUUGAACAUAAUUUAGAAAUAGGUGACCUUCUAUUAAUUGCAUCGGAUGGGCUUUUUGAUAAUCUUUACGAAGAUUUUAUUGUACAAAUAAUAAAUAAUCACUUAGAUGAUCAAAUCUCAGUGGAAUCAUUGCAGAAUAUUUGUCAAAUGCUUGUUCAAUCGGCAUGUCAUGCUCGUAUCAAACGUGAUGAUAUUCUUGUAUUAUUAUUUUGUGUUGUUCCUUGUUCACCCAAAUCAAUCAAUGAAAUUAGUGGAAAGAAUAGCAAAAGUGCAUCUUGUUCAUCAUCUGAUUCAUCGUUGUCUUGUAUGUUAGCUGAUCAGGAUGAAGAAGAAUCGUUGGAUUUAUUCAUAUUCGAGGAUUCGAAUUAG